UCUAUCUUCCUCAUCUUCAUUUCCUCAAAAUCCUUCCACCUUAAUUAAACCCUAAUUUUCACUACUUAUUUCAUUAUAAAUAAUAUAUUUUAAACUAUUUAUUAAAUUAUUGUAUAUAAUUUUGUGAUGCUUCUUAUUAGAUAUGGCUUCUGCACCAUCAAUGUCAGUGCCAGUUGAGUGUGUGAAUAUAUGUAAGUUUCCGAAAGGGGACGGAAGCAGUCGAUACGAUUGUAGUGUGAUUUCGUGCGCGUGGAAAGCUCCGAGGGCGUUAACCGGAUGUUUAGCUAGUACUGCUCAUUCAUCUGCUUUCUUGCAUGGACACAAUGAUGCUAAUAGAUGUGAAGUUGCUGGUAAGAGAUCAUGGCUAUCUUCUGAAGCUUCAGAUGUUUAUCCUCCUAGGAAAUUCUUAAGGUCAAGUUUGCUUCAGCUUCACUGUAGAAAAUGGGCAGUAGGUUGUUCUUCAUCUUCCCCUUCAGGAUAUGAUGAGCUUUCGCCAGAACUUUUGUGGGAGGAUCUUAAACCUGCUAUCACUUACCUUGCAUCUGAUGAGUUAGAGUUAGUGCAUAAUGCUCUAACACUGGCCUUUGAGGCACAUGAUGGGCAAAAACGACGCAGUGGAGAACCCUUUAUCAUUCACCCUGUUGAAGUUGCUCGAAUUCUUGGAGAACUAGAAUUAGAUUGGGAGUCGAUAGCUGCUGGCUUGUUACAUGACACUGUUGAAGAUACAAACGUUGUUACUUUUGAAAGAAUCGAGAAGGAAUUCGGUGUCACAGUCCGACAUAUUGUUGAAGGAGAAACAAAGGUUUCAAAACUUGGAAAGUUGAAGUGUAAUAAUGAAAUUUCUUCGGUACAAGAGGUGAAAGCACAUGAUCUUCGACAAAUGUUUUUGGCUAUGACGGAAGAGGUGCGGGUGAUUAUUGUCAAGUUAGCAGACAGAUUACAUAAUAUGCGCACUCUUUCACAUAUGCCUUUACGUAAGCAGUCCAGCAUUGCAAUGGAGACCCUACAGGUCUUUGCUCCUCUAGCAAAGCUACUGGGGAUGUACCAAAUUAAGUCUGAGCUUGAGAAUUUGUCUUUUAUGUACACAAAUCCUCAAGAUUAUGGCAGAAUCAAGAGGCGUGUUGCAGAACUAUACAAAGAUCAUGAAAAAGAAAUUGAAGAGGCAAAUAAGUUAUUGAUCAAGAAGAUUGAAGAAGAUCAAUUCUUAAAUCUCGUGUCUCUAAAAACUGAGGUGCAGUCGGUAUGCAAGGAACCUUACAGCAUUUAUAAGUCUGUACUAAAAGCCAGAGGUUCAAUCAAUGAAGUUAAUCAAAUUGCACAGCUUCGCAUUGUUGUUAAACCCAAGCCAUGCGUCGGUGUUGGGCCAUUGUGCAAUGCACAACAGAUUUGCUAUCAUGUUCUUGGGAUUGUUCACGAGAUCUGGACACCAAUACCCCGAGCUAUGAAAGACUACAUUGCAACCCCAAAACCUAAUGGUUAUCAGAGUCUUCAUACUACUGUUAUUCCGUUUCUUUAUGAGAGCACAUUUCGUCUGGAAGUUCAGGUUAGAACAGAAGAGAUGAACUUGAUAGCAAAUAGAGGCAUUGCUGCUCAUUAUAGCGGGAAAGUUCUCGUUAAUGACUUAAUCAGACAUACUGUGUCCAAUGAAAAUAGAAACUUGAGAGGAAAAACAGGGUGUCUUAACAGUACCAAUGUGGCACUCAGGAUUGGUUGGCUAAAUGCAAUUAGAGAAUGGCAAGAGGAAUUCGUUGGAAAUAUGAGUUCUAGAGAGUUUGUAGAUACAGUCACUAAAGAUCUUCUUGGUAGCCGUGUCUUUGUGUUUACACCAAGAGGAGAGAUCAAAAAUCUACCCAAGGGAGCAACUGUCAUCGACUAUGCUUAUAUGAUUCACACUGAAGUUGGAAACAAGAUGGUGGCUGCAAAGGUCAAUGGCAAUCUUGUUUCUCCCGUGCAUGUGCUUGCAAAUGCUGAAGUUGUGGAGAUAGUGACCUAUAGUGGAUUAUCUAGCAAAUCUGCUUUCCAGAGGCACAAACAAUGGUUGCAACAUGCUAAAACGCGUAGUGCCAGACACAAGAUAAUGAAAUUUUUGAGGGAGCAAGCUGCACUAUCUGCAUCGGAAAUAACAGCUGAUUCAGUGAAUGAGUUUGUUGCUGAUACUGAAGAUGAUAAUGAAGUUGAAGAGGUAUUAGAUUACUCUAAAGGGACCCAACAUACAUGGGAGAAGAUUCUCAUGAAUGUUAUGGAAAUUUCAUCUUCAAAGAUGGUUGAUGAAGAUCUUUUUAAGUUCAAGAACGGAAGUAUUAAAGUUUCUAAAGUGAAUGGAAAGCACAACAAGCAUAUGCAGCAUGUGAGUUUAACGACCAGCUCACAAGGAAAUGAGUUUGGUAAGAUGAUGCUCGCCAGCAUUCCUAUGUAUAAAGAAGUGUUACCCAGUUUAGAAAGCUGGAUUGCUGGCAAAGUCGCAUCAUGGAGCAACCUUCAAGGGCACUCCAUCCAAUGGUUAUGCAUUGCUUGUAUAGAUCGAAAAGGAAUGAUGGCUGAUAUCACAAUAGCUUUGGCAGAUGCAGGUGUUGGAAUAUGCUCAUGUGUUGCUGAGGUUGAUAGAGGCAGAGGAAUGGCUGUCAUUCUUUUUCAUGUUGAAGCAAGCUUGGAUGAUAUGGUAAGUGCGUGUUCAAAGGUAGAUCUAGUCCUUGGUGUAUUAGGAUGGUCUGCAGGAUGUAGUUGGCCUAGCUUACCCGAAGGUCAACAAAUAAGAGAAUGUUAAACAAAUGAUGGUGAACAGAAGCAGGGUAACAAGUUUUGUCACACAAUUCUUUUCUCAGUUGUAUGUAAGUAUCAUAUUUUUUUUUACGCAAUCAUGAUCAAAAUAAAGUAGCAGAAGGGUGAUUUAAGCAAGUCUGUAGAGAGACUGUAUAUAAAAGGGGAUAGCAUACAUGUAAAAAUGUACAUGGAAGAAUAAAAUAGUUAGAUAUAUACACAAGUGUUACAGCUUGAAGAUAUUUUACUAUCA